CCGGAAGUGGAAACGGCGUGGAUCACAAAGUGCUGUUUCAUCGCUGACACUUGCGCGCGUCUAGCUCACUCGCUCCAAACACCAAACACGGGAGAAAGAGAGGGAGAUACAAAGACGCGCACGCGAGCCACCGAAAGUAGCCAGUGAACGUGUAUAGAGUAGAAGGAACGCAAGGCAGGUGGAGGCUCAACCAACAGCAGAGGGGUGGAGGAGCAACGCACGUGUCUGUCCCGUCUCAUCUCCGUGCGUCUGCCCUGCCCGUAUCCACGUCUCUCUUCUCUGCCCGUGUCCUCUCGCUAUGUCGUCUUCCUCGGGCGCGCUCUUCCCGAGCGCCGUCGCCUCGAGUCGCGGCGCCGCCUCCAAGUACCUGGUGGAGUUCCGCGCGGGCAAGAUGAGCUUGCGUGGCGGCACGGUGACUCCCGACUCGCGCAAAGGCCUCGUGUUCGUUCAUCAGAGCGAGGACGCCCUGCUGCACCUGUGUUGGCGCGACCGCACCACGGGCCAGCUCGAGGAGGAUCUGAUCAUCUUCCCGGACGACUGCGAGUUCAAGCGCGUGCCGCAGUGCACCACAGGGCGCGUGUUCGUGCUCAAGUUCAAAGCCGGGUCCCGGCGACUCUUCUUCUGGAUGCAGGAGCCCAAGACGGACAAGGAUGACGAGCUGUGCAAGAAGGUGAACGACCUGCUCAACAACCCUCCCGUGCCGGGCUCGGUCGGGAGCGGAUCUUCCUCGCACGGACUCUCCAGCGACCUGGCGGCCCUGGGCGGUGAAGGAGGCCUGCAGAGCCUCCUGGGCAACAUGGACCAGCAGCAGCUGAUGCAGCUCAUGGGCGCCAGCGGUCUUGGCGGACUCGGAGGACUCGGGGCUCUGGCCGGACUGCUGGGAUCUGGUCACUCGUCGGGCUCGCGGGGCCAGGUGGGUUCCCUGGCACGCUCCGUCUCCUCGGCCCGCGCCGCCGCCACCUCUGCCUCCUCGGCCUCAGCCUCUUCCUCCUCCUCCACCGCCACCACCACCACCACCACGACCACCGCCGUGCCAACCGCAGAGACCCCCCCGUCGGUCACGCCGGUCCCACCAGUUACGACAGUCCCCGCCGCCGCCACCGCCACGCCCGUCCCCGCCACCGCCCCCACCAUGCUGCCCGCCGUGCCAACCGCGGUGCCCACACAACCCAUCCAGCUGUCGGACCUGCAGAGCAUCCUCACCAGCAUGAACGUGCCCACGUCACCGGGGGCCACGGCCACGCAGCCCGCCCUGGACUUGGCUGCGGUGCUCACGCCCGACAUCAUGGCACCCAUCCUGGCCAACCCUGAGGUGCAACAGCGGCUGCUGCCGUUCCUGCCGGCGGGAGAGGCCCUGCCCCUGUCGCCCAACGAGAUCCAGAGCACGAUGAGCUCCCCGCAGUUUCAGCAGCAGGCCAUGAGCAUGUUCAGUGCCGCGCUGGGGUCGGGGCAGCUGGGCCCGCUCAUGUCCCAGUUUGGGCUCCCGGAUGAGGCCGUCCAAGCGGCCGGCCAUGGAGACGUUGAAGGAUUUGCUCGCGCCAUGCAGGGCCGGCCCGGUGGCGCCGGCACCACGGAGGGAGCGCCGAGCGGCGACGUGGAGCCAUCCGGAGACAAGAAGGACGAGGAGGAGGACAUGAGUUUAGAUUAACGGGGCCGCGCCAGGCCCGGUGCUUGGCCCCAGGCCGCACCCGAGUGACGCUCCUUGCCGGGUCUCUCUCUGCCGCCAUUCCCGUGCUCCCGUGUUGUCACUCGGCUGCCGCCCGUUCUGAUUCGAAACGAACGCUCUCCCAUUUUUAUCGGGUCGAUUCUUCACACCUCUGUUUUUGUUGUUGAUGUUGUUGUUGCUGCUGCUGCGUCUUCGCCGCAUGUCCGGGUAAAGUGGGGCGGCCGUGAGUGUGACCUUGACCGAUCGACCUUAAUGAUAACAACGUUCCGCUUUUGCUCCGGAACCUGAUGCCGUGUGUGGCGUGAGUCUUCACAGAGCACCACAAAGAAUCGCACUGGUUCGAUGCGGUGAUGCCAUCGCUCACGAUCGUUCCGUACCCACCCCCCCUCACGGCCUUUUUCUCUACAACCACUUUUUUUUUUUACAAGUCGGGACAACAAUAAAGGUAGAGACAUGAGUGCAAGCUCCUUGGUAAACAUUGGCGGCCGUGCGACGAACAUGCUCUCGACGACAUCGGAGCAUUCUUUGCCGUCGCCCAUCUGGGGCAAGCCUCCCAGCGAAGUUGGCCUGGUUCAAGCUCGGCACUGGGACGCCAUUAUUAUAUCGAUUUGGCAUUGACACGACCCAAGUGAAAAUAGCUUUGUGAUUACUCGUCUUUGAUUUUUUUAUGCAACGGAGACCUACCAAACGGUAGUCGAGGUCGCAGCAAUUGUUGGAUGCGUGUGUUUAGUUGCAGGUGUUUAUCUCGGCGCAGCACAGCCGGCUUGCAUAGCGAGCGGUGACGGUGCCGUUGUGAACGCAUGCUCCACAUUGCACGGCUGCUCAUUGGUCCGGCUGCACCACUCCAUACCGUACCGUGCACCGUACUCACCACAAACCCCACCUUACACCACUCGCCGCACCGUGCACUACACUGGCCACAUACCUCACCAUGCACACCACACGCACCGCACCGUACACCACUCCACGCACACAUUUCACCAUGCACAACACUAGCCACACCGCACUGUGCCCCAAUCCACACACCUUGCAGUGCACCACACUGACUGCACACCGCACUGUGCACCACGCUCGCGGCACACAACCCACCAUGCACCAUCACAGGACGUGUGUGCUGGUUGUCGGGACAUCUUGACAAUGAUUUCCAGGCUAUGGACAUAGAGAGGCAAAAUCUUUGCCCUCUUUCGUGCUUAACGACUGUUACCUUGGUUCACUCUGCAGCGGGCAUGGUGUCAAAAUCUGGACUGUGACGUGACCUGGCAAUAGAACGCUUCCACAAAAGAUAAAAAGGACGUGUGUUAUCUUGUCAUUGCAAUCGGUUAAAUUUUUGAUAACAAAUUGCUCCAACGCUUAAACAAACCAACAAAAUGUACACACUCGAACUGGUGUUUGCCGAACAUCUCGAUGCGGGGAAAAUUACCUGCAGAUCACUCGAUUGGGAUCGCACGCAGCAGCAGUAGCAUUAUCAUCAUAGUCCCUCCUGUUCAAAUCGCAACCACGCACACAGGACUCUCCCGAAAAAGAGUUGUGUGGCUCUCCUGGGUAAAACAAAACGUGUCUCAAAAUAAUAACUUGCAUUUAAAAGGACGUAUUGGAGCUGUGUGUGGGUGGCUCAUGGGGAAAGCGAUGCCCAUGCUUAAAUCAACCGAGCCCACAAUUUUGAACACCUGGGUUUGUAUCAAAGAUUCGGCUUCCUCCCCUAAUAAAACCAGGUUCUCAAGUACAGCCCCCCCCCCGCCCCCCCCGUGACUGCACCGAAACGAAAUCGCAGCAAUGGUUUAUUUGAUUUUGCGCCCUUUAAACGCAAAAAGCGACCGGCGUCACACCUCUGCGCAUUUGAAAGGGGCACCCCCAGCAGCAGCUGUCCCUGUGUGACGAGGUGAAUCGGCAUCUGGCCUGCAUACGGGCAUUACCCUGCCAGCAGGGAGCUAUGUAUUUGCUAUGUGUAAUCCCAAUUGAGUAAUCGGUAAUAAUACUGAACAUCGUCUUUUCAUUUGGCCGAUUUCACGCCUGAAGGGUGGUACAGGCGGCAUGCUGUCUUCCACACUCCCUGAAGGCGUGCUGUUGGGCGGUCGUGUUGAGAACCCCUUAUUGGAGAGGAGACGUGGUUCUGUGACUUCAUCGCUUUACCGGACGACGCGAGACCUCUUGCAGUCGGAGUCUCAAAAGGGUGGGGGGGGGGGGGGACGAAUAGUGUGCACGUAGUGACACUGAAGGAAACGACCAAACCCUGGCUUGGCCUUAUCGAGACCCCUGGCACAAAGGGAAUUGAGUGAUAAUUUGUCAUACAGAUCCACAAACGCAAGAGUUUUGAGGGGUUGGGGAGGGGGAAUGUCACCAUCCCAUCAAGAAACUAACAAAACUGUUGACCGACCAGAUUAAAUUGUCCUUGGGACUCAUUGGUGCCGUACAACAUUCGCUGCAGACGUGUGUGUGUGUGUCCCGUAUACGGAGAGAGGACAUUGGGAGGGGCCACAUUUUCUCAACACUUUGGGUUGGUAGGCCGAAAUGACAAAAUGGCCACGUUCAGUUCUUUUGAGCUGGUGGUCUGGAUAAGGCUGAGACGGUUUAAUACAACGAUGCUUCACACGUACCUGUGUGUUCAAUUUGUGUGUUUUUUUUCCGAGCCCGCAUUAAUUUGUCUUGUGAUAACUUCUCAGAAUUUACAGGUCUGAACGAUAAAAAAUAUCUACUUGUACUGAAGAAAGCGCCUUGCUACUGGCAGUCCCAACUCCACGGAGGCUACGAUCGGUCACGGGCGCCGUUUUUGGGAACCAUAGCAAAAUCCCACCACCGGCUGUGUUUCUCUCUUUGACAUUGCGUCUCAAUUACUCUUAUUAAAGAUAUCGGUAAGCUUGUGCUAAACGUUUCACAUUCAAGUGUACUUCCCUCGCAUUUUUUUGAGUUAUAAUUCUCAAUAAAAGUAACACAAUAUCA